CAUCACCAUCAUCAACAUCAUCUGCGCGGAUAUAAAGCAGCGCGAGCCGCCCGCACCGCACACGCAGAGGAGGAAGAGGAGGAAGAGGAGGAAGAGGAGGGAAUGACACCCUGACACACACUCUCACACUCACAGAUCAACCAUGACGAAGUCCUACACGGAGCCCAACGCCAUGCUCGAGCCGCAGGCCAGCGCGCACUGGGCGGACGAGCGCGAGGCGGCGGCGGAGAGCGCGCAGAAGAAGAAGGCGAGCAAGGAGGCGGAGAACGACGAGGAGGUCCUGAACCAGCUCGAGGACGAGAUGGUAGGAGAGGAGGAGGAGGAGGACGAGGAGGAAGAGGACGAGGAGGAGGACGAGGGCGACGAGGCCAAGCCCAAGAGGCGCGGGCCCAAGAAGAAGAAGAUGACCAAGGCGCGCCUGCAGCGCUUCAAGAUGAGGCGCAUGAAGGCGAACGCGCGCGAGAGGAACCGCAUGCACGGGCUGAACGACGCGCUCGAGAGCCUGCGCAAGGUCGUGCCGUGCUACUCCAAGACGCAGAAGCUGUCCAAGAUCGAGACGCUGCGCUUGGCCAAGAACUACAUCUGGGCGCUGUCCGAGAUCCUGCGCUCGGGCAAGAGUCCGGACCUCAUGUCCUUCGUCCAGGCGCUCUGCAAGGGUCUCUCGCAGCCCACCACCAACCUGGUGGCCGGCUGCUUGCAGCUCAACCCGAGGACUUUCCUCCCGGAGCAGAGCCAGGAGAUGCACCAUCACGCGCACGCGGUCGGCGCCCCUCCCCACUUCGCCGCGCACCCGUACGCGUACCAGACGCCGGGCCUUCCGAGCCCCCCGUACGGCACCAUGGACAGCUCCCACUUCUUCCACGUCAAGCCGCCUCACGCGUACGGUGGAAGCGGCGGCGUCGGGGGUGGCGGAGGUGGCGGUGGCGCGGGUGCGGGCGCGCUCGAGCCGUUCUUCGACGCCGCCGCGGCCGUGGCGCUCGCGGACUGCGCCAGCAGCCCCUCCUUCGACGGGCCGCUCAGCCCGCCUCUGAGCGUGAACGGAAACUUCUCCUUCAAGCACGAGGCCCCGACCGCGGACUUCGAGAAGAGCUACGCGUUCGGCGUGCACUACCAGGCGGGGCUCGCGCAAGGCCACGCGUCUCUGUACGCGGGCUCCGCGCAGCGCUGCGACCUGCCCAUGGAAAGCGUCAUGGCAUACGAAAGUCACUCUCAUCACGAGCGGGUCAUGAACGCGCAGCUCAACGCCAUAUUUCACGACUCCUGAGCCUAACGUUCCAGCAGAGACUAUACAUUUGGUGAACUGCAGAGGCUAAAUCGACGAUUCGAACGAUUACUUGAUGAUUCGGUAUUUAACCUGGACGAACAUUUCCAGAGACUCUUCAACUAUUCGGUAUUUUUUUUCCCCACCACAGACUCAGACUAUCCGACUGCUCGAUUAUUCGGCAUUUUGUCUGGCUUUUUCCAACUAUCUGACUAUUCGGUAUUUCGUCAUUUUACCUUGCAGGGCUGAACCUUUUGCAGAGACUGCUCGACUAAUCGAUUUCGUGCGUGUAAUGGUAAUUCUGUUUAUGGCUGAUGCAAGAAAAAGAUGGAGAGGAAGAAAGAAAGAAAGAGGAAGAGGAGCAACCACACAUUAUAUGCUUAAUCUUAUGUAUUGUAUUUAUUGUCGUUCUACUGCCUUUAGGGAGAAAAGAGAGAGAAUCCAUAUUCUCAUCCACCUUAUGUAUUGUAUUUCUAUAGCGCUUCUAUACUGUGCGUCGUGGUCACAGAUGGAAAUAGGGUGUGACCUAAUUCAGAAUGUGUUAAUUAUCCAUAUUACAAAAAAAAGGAAAAAAAAAAAAGAAAAAAAAAAUCACGAGCAAUAAUUUGGAAACUAUGCAAUUUUUAAUCGAAUACUGGGCCAAUUAUAGAAAUGAAUAGAGAUUGCUAUAUUUUUCAACCUACUACAUUUUACUACUUAUCUAUCCCAUACUGAAUUAUUUUGUUGUGAUUUUGUAUAGAAUUGUUAAUUUUUAUAUAAAGUCGAAUUCCUGCGUCACUCCAUGCAACCCCACGUUAAUGUUUUAUAAAAACGGAUUUAUCUUGUUUAUAAGAAACAGCAGCAGAAUCAUUCUAGUAAUAAAGAAGAGAAAGGGAAGAAGGAAGAAGAGGAGGAAGAGGAGGUGGAACCAGCAGGCAAAGUGCUUCACAAUCUGUUACGUUGCCUUAGCAGUCAAUCAUUUACUGUAAAAAAGAAUAAAAAAAAAACAUGCAAAAUUGCACAAACGCGAUCCUUCGUCUCCUUCCAACAACGAUUAAUCGUCUGAAUCACGAAUAAUAUUCAACUGUUUGAGUGCUGGAAAAGAUUUUGGUGUUAGAAAAGUGUUGAUGUUGUACAUAAAAAGCUUGACUAUCACCUGGAAAUUGAAAUUGCACCCUGUAAAAAAAAAAAAAGAAAGAAAAACAAGUGAAACGAAG